UCCGUUCCUCCGCCGAGUGCCGGAGGCCUCGCCUUCUGCCGCAUCUCUCUCUCUCUCUCUCUCUCCCCCAUACCCUUACUUUCCUGUGAAUCAUGGCUUGAAUUUGAUUCGUUUCUUUUCUCAAUUCAUAGUUGAUUCGUUUCCUUUCGGGUAAUUCUUCAUCCGAGUUUUGAAGGGAUUAUUGAAGUUGACGCCUCUUUCGUUUUUUCUCCAAGAAUUAGUUGGUGUCGAUCCGGUUGGUGGUGGGUGAAAGGUCGAAUCUUUGCAAGAUGGGAGCCAUGGUAUUAUAGGUGGUGGUGGUGGUGAUCGAAUUUGGUUUUUGCUCGAGUCGAUGAGAAUUAUGGGCUGUUCAUAGGCUUGUUCGGUGUUUGGAUCGACAUGGGGUUCGAUUACUACGACAUACUGAAGGUGAAUCGAAGUGCCACCGAUGAGGAUCUCAAGAAGUCUUACCGGAGGCUGGCGAUUCGAUGGCACCCGGACAAGAACCCAAGUAACGAAGAGGAGGCCGAGGCCAAGUUCAAGCAAAUCUCUGAAGCCUACGAGGUACUAAGUGAUCCUCAAAGACGGGCAAUAUACGAUCAACACGGAGAAGAGGAGGAGCCGAAGGGCGUGCCUCGAGAUGCCGAGGACAUAUUUACCGAAAUCUUUGGAAGCACUAAUCCUUUUGGUUUCGAGUCCAUGAACCGUGCAAAGUCUACGAGGUUUCAAGCAGAUGGUAGUGGCUCUGCUGCUCCCGCUGCCCGGCCAUGGAAAGCACCUGCCGUGGAGAGAAAGCUGGCGUGCAGCCUCGAGGAGCUCUACCAUGGCACAGAGAAGAAGAUGAACAUCUCUAGAAAUGUCAUGCAACCUAACGGACGUACGGUCCCAGAGAACGAGGUGUUGACGGUCGAAGUGAAACCAGGGUGGAAGAGGGGAACCAAGAUAACGUUUCCAAACAAGGGGAACGACAGACUCGCUGCAGAUGUAGUCAUUGUGAUCGACGAGAAGCCUCAUGAUGUUUACAAGAGGGAUGGCAAUGACCUCGUCGUCCACCACAAGAUCUCGCUGGUGGAUGCACUAACAGGGACCAGGAUCAACCUCAAGACCCUCGACGGGCGCGACUUGGUGAUCGAGAUGACUGACGUGGUGAAGCCUAGCUAUGAGCUGGUGAUCCAAAGCGAAGGGAUGCCGGUCGCAAGAGAGCCCCGGAAGAAGGGGAAUCUGGUGAUCAAGUUUGAUGUCAAGUUCCCUUCGAGAUUGGCACCGGAGCAGCGUGCAGCCAUCAGACGCAUUCUCGGAGGAUGAUUUGCCGUGCGAAAGUAGGUUUGUGUUUGUGUUCUUCUGUGGCGACACUAAUAUUUCUCUCGUUUCUAGUGCUCAUAGUAUCCCUCCCUAUCAUUCAUUAUGUUUUGUUGAAAAGAUGUUGCGUCUCUGGAAUGUUUUCUGAUGUAACAAACAGUGGUUGUAAACUCAAAUGCAGUAAUUCUUGCAUGAAGUGAGAUGGAAUU